UCUUCUCCUACAGCCCGACGCAGCCGCCUGAACGCACGGGAAGUCAACGUCCCUCGUCUGUUUUUAAUCACGCGCAUCUUGGCUGGUUCCAGUGCGUUGAAGGGGCAUCUGAACAUGGUCCUGCAAUGUCAGACACUCCCACGGUCUCAGUAACCAGUCCUAUAUCACACAAGUCAACCUGAAAGACGGGCUGUCUGUCUGUUGUGACAAUGGCAACCAGGGCUCCGCUCAAGGACCCUGAAAAGUGACAGUCUGUGUAGACUUCUUCAAACACCUUUGCCAGGCAACUCCCACCGCUGCAGGCAUGAAGCCUGGCUUCUGCAGUUGCUGGACAACAAAAGCACCAGUGCACAGGCAGGGCUCUGCAUUUACAGCGCCACUGAGAGCAGUGGAACAGCGACGGAGGCUGGGGAUAAAUUAGUUGACUUGAAAAGCAAUCCUUUCCUUUGUACUUCCAUGUCACCUGUGACUUUCCCUGCCAUCCACCCACAGCCAUCAGCUGGCAGGAAGAAGGUCAGCAAAGCUGCUGAUAAGAGGAGUAUAAGAGGGCUUGGUUCAUGGGAAGGGGUCAGUGGUCUACUUUCCCUGGCAACAUGCUGCGUUUCCUCAUGCUCGCCACCCUGGUCCUUUAUGGACACAGCACCCAGGACUUUCCAGACACUAAUGCACGAGUAGUUGGAGGGACUGAGACCAAGAAGAAUUCCUGGCCCUCUCAGAUUUCCCUCCAGUAUUCGUCUCUGGGUUCCUGGCAUCACACCUGUGGAGGGACCCUCAUCAGGCAGAACUGGGUGUUGACGGCUGCUCACUGUGUGGACAGUUCACUAACCUUCCGUGUGGUUGUUGGAGAACACAACCUGAAGCAGAGUGAAGGCACUGAGCAGACUGUGAGUGUGCAGAAGAUUGUGAUACAUUCAAAGUGGAACACCAACAAUGUGGCUGCUGGCUAUGACAUCGCCCUGCUGCGCCUGGCCAAGAGUAUUACCCUCAACAGCAACGUGCAGCUAGGUACUCUGCCCAAGGAAGGAGUCAUCCUGGCUAACGACACUCCCUGCUACAUCACAGGCUGGGGCAUGACCAAGACCAAUGGACAGGUGUCCCAGACCCUGCAGCAGGCUUACCUGCCCAGUGUGAGCUAUGCCAUCUGCUCCAGCUCUUCCUACUGGGGCUCCACCGUGAAGAACACCAUGGUGUGUGCUGGCGGAGAUGGAGUUCGCUCUGGAUGCCAGGGUGAUUCCGGGGGGCCCCUCCACUGCUUGGUGAAUGGUCAGUAUGCUGUCCAUGGAGUGACCAGCUUUGUGUCCAGCCUGGGCUGCAAUGUUGCCAAGAAGCCCACAGUCUUCACCCGUGUCUCUGCAUAUAUCUCUUGGAUAAAUAAUGUCAUUGCCUCCAAUUGAACAUUUUUCUGAGUCCAGUGGCCUUCUAAAGAUGGUUCUUAGAUCUGCAUGCAAUAGAACUUGAGUCAACAAGAAAAAAUAGAGCUGGGGUUAUAGUUCAGUGGUAGAGUGCUUGUACGGGACGCUCAAGGCCCUGGGUUACAAACUCAGCACUGAAAAAAAAAAAUUCUGAGACUGAGUCAGAACCAGAUUAAAAAAAAAAAAAAAAAAAAAAAAAA